CCUGUUUCAUGACCAACAAGACGUUAAGGAUGAAGCUUCUCGCAAUACGAAUCGGACCCGGCGCUGUAAUACUGCCUAAAGAUGUGAAGAAGAUAAACCUGGAGUUCGCGAAACAUAUCGAGGGUGGGCAUAGGGGCGCGCGCAAAUUCUGGCGCGAUAUACUCCCCAGACUCAAGUACCGCAACCCCGCGAUCCCCAUGACCGUCUCCCGCCAUGACACUGCGGAAGGCCCGUCUGUCAUGACUGUCACCUUUACCACACCUACACCGGCGGCUGGCUCCUCCACAGAUGCGACGCCCGUAGAGCUCGAGGCGAGACCUCCUUUGAAGAUCGAUAUGAGGAAUAGGGUGGAAUCGGAGAUUUUGCAGGAGCUGAUAAAAGCGACGGGCGGCACGGAGGUGGCGCCGACAGAGGUGGAGUUGGAGGAAAAGAGGGAGCUAGAGGAAGAGGCGGAGAAGAGUGCAAGGGAUCGGGAGAGGAGUUUGGCGGUUCGGAGGGAGAGGAAGAGGGAGGAGGAGAUGCUGAAGGCUGCGAGAGGUGUGGCUUAAGUAAUGAGGGACGUUGUCGAUGUGCUAAGAGCUGCAUUACGAACGGUGGAAACCCUAAGGGGUAGGAGGCAUGGCUGUGUCGCUGUGUAAUAGAACACAAGCUGUAACAUAUGGGCUGUAGGAUAGAGACGGGCAUGGGUAG